GCAAACAAUAAACAGUACAUUGGUAGACGUUUAGAAGAAAACACUGGAACAUAUUGAACUGCCGUCGCUGAGCUGAGCAAACGCGAUCGCUUGGACGCGCCAACGUACUUAAACGAGGCGGAGAAUACUCGAAAGAGAAAAAAUUAAAAUAAAACAAAAAAUUAAAAAAACACGAAUUAAGUUAAUAAGCAAAUAAUAAUUAAAAUAAAGUCAAGACUAUAAAAGCAAUAAAGAAUGUUGAUGAAGAACAACAGUACAGUUUCGGGUUGCGGAAGUGUGUUGAAAUACCGUAAUCAAUAAUAUAAAAUUUAAUAAAGACUGAUUUUGACUCGAACACGCGUGGAAAAAGGGGAGUGUAGCAAUUUUUGCUGAUUACGAACAAUCAAUGACAUUUAAUGGCAAAUACAAAUACGGCGCAUAUGCGCAUACCCACUUACGUUCAUAAAUAGAAAAAUAAAAAAGUAGUGCAAAGUGCAAAAUAACGAAGCAGCAGUAGAAGUGAAAUAAGAAAGACUAAAAAAUAUGGAAAUAUUGUGUAAAUUUUAUUAACCAAAUAAAGAAAAAUAUUGAGAACCAACAGAAAGGCAGAAGGCAAACAAGAACUACACACACACACGACUCACAACAAAACCAAGCCAAACAAAAAUAAGAGAAAAAGUAAGCACUAAAUACCAAAAUCAAAUAUUGAAAAUAGACACGAAAAAGGUACCAAAAUAUUAAAGAGAUAACAUUUCAACUUGCAAAGCAGUUCGAAGACAGUGCAAAAAAGGGUUGUCGAGCGUUAAAAGGCUUAAGCGAAAACAACUACCGCGCAGCUCAAGUGACGUUAAUUAAAUAGAAAAACAACAAAACAUAGCCAACAAGUGUGGAGGUGCACAAAAACAGAAAUACUAAAUAAAUAAUUAAAUAAAAAAUGAAAAUAGCCGACUAGAGAGCAACUGGUGUGUAGGCACAAGUGUGAAAAUUCUGAAAACCCAAUUACAAACUUAGUGACACAACUGAAGCUGACGAGUGCAUAACGAAAUCCAGGCAAGCGAGACAAAAUCUGUUUAGAAUAAGUUUUCGCAAACUUUCCCUCACCUGCAAUUGGCACGCAAUCCGUUAGCGGCAAAGGGCUACGGAGCAAAGGAGCAGGGCAUUUGAGUUUAGCGGUAAAACAAGCCAGCGUGACCGGAGCACGUUGAGACGACGCACGCUGAACAGGCGCACAAAAGCGUAGCAAAUACAACAAGCACGACAAUAGUGACCAGUAAUUUUGUGAUAUAAGAAGUUGUAUAAAUUAAGGGAAAAACAUUAAUAAAAAAAUGUUUGAUAAUAAAUACCGAAAAUAACAUUUUGAGAAAACAAAAGAUUGUAAAACAAAACUACAGAUUAUAAAACCAAGCACAAGCCACUACAAAAAUAACAACAAUAUGUAUAUGAAUUGUUUAUUAGCAAAAUAAAUUUCGGAAAAUUCCAGCGACAAGUCAACAGACAAUCUAAGCAGAGCACCGGCUGAGAGUAAACAACUAAUUCAUCUGUGAAAAAACACGUAUUUUUGUUGUUGUUGUUUUUCGUGAAACAAACGAGAAAUUAGAAAUAAUAAAAACAUAAAACUUGAAUAAAAAUAAAAGUAGAAAUCAAAAUCAAAAAAACUUCGUGCAAACACACUUACACACACAUUUAACUUAUGGCAGAACAACAGUUACACAAACGACAUUGACGCUUGCAACAGACGAAACUAAUUAACACUAAGCAAUAACAGCAACAACAACGUCAUUAGCCGCAGCUAACGCCACAACAAGCAGCGAAUCAGCGCAGAGAGCUCUAAGCGACUAAUUUAUCGCUGCUCACUGCUCGUCAAACGCCAGCGCCACCACAAACAGGUUUCACAGGCAAGGUCAACUAGCGACCGAUGCCAAAUAAAGUAAAUACAAAAAUAAUCAAAAUCAAAUCACUCAAACAUUUUAACCGUUAAUCAGACACAGUCGGCAAGGCAGACACAAACGCAUUUCUGGAAAACUAAAUCCUUUGUGUCACAUUGACCAAAAUGGACACGACUCUCUCCACCUGGUAUAGUUGCAAUGAGGAAACGCAAUGCCACGACAACAAGUGCAAUAAUGAAAACAACAACGAUAACAACAACAGCAAAAUUAGAAAUAACAAUGAUAACGUCAACAAAGCUGACACUCAAGUCACAUUUAAUCACUGCAAGGCAACCGAACUGCGCCAGACGCGUCUACAACGUCAACACGAACAGCAGCAUCUCUCACAGUCACUCACAGCUAGCCCAAAUCUAAGUCCGAUUCCAAGUCAAAUACCAGCUGCGCAAAGUGCAUUUCCCUUCAACGUUGAAAAGUCGCGCUCCAGUUCGGUGCCACAUCGGUUGCCGCGUCGCAAACGUCUACAACGCCAAAAACCCACCGACCUGGACGAUGCGGAUUUCGCCUACGCCGCCGAUCUGGAAGAGGAGGAUGAAGAAGAAGAAGUUGUGCAACAACAACAGCCAGCAAUGUACAAUACGGCCCCAAUGCUAGACUCUGCACAUGAUGAACAUGUUGUACCCUCAUAUGCGGAGAAACGGCUGCAUCACUUCCAGCAGCAGAGCCACAGCACACCCUUCGACGGCCAGCCUUCAUCCUUGCCAAACUGCUUUGCAUCCGCCAUCCCCGCAAACGCCUUUCAUCACCAUCAGCUGCAGCAGCACCACUACCAUCACCACCAUCGCGACCAUCGCCUUAAACAUGAGGAAUCGUUUGACUCCUCCACCACUACAACAACGAACACCACCGACACGGCCACCAGUCCGGCGAGUCCAUCGUUGCGUCGCCAUCAUUUUGCUCUGCUUAAGCGCGACAAUUCCACACAUUCAGAGUCAUCUAGUCGCUAUUCGAGUGUGGAUAGUUUAUUGGAGGCACGAAAACCAGACCCCGAGGCCAUAUUGAUUAACUUGGGAUUUGGUCCGGUCGGUUCGGAGGAUAUUCUCUCGCGCAUACCGAAGCGUUUUCUCAAGCCGUCGCAGGUACGCGGCAUUGACACAGAGGCUUUCAUACGUCGCCUGCAAUUGGCCAACAAUCUUGCCGAUCACAGCGUGUUAGGCUAUCGUGGACUCACCGGCAAUCCAGAUAUACCGCCGUCGCGUAUUGUAGCCAAGAUCAUGCAACGUUUCGAGGUGAACGAGCGCAAGAAGUCGAUGAGUUCCAUUGAGCACACCAUUUGACCGCAGGUGACAAGGAGGAUACCGGGAAUCCAUAUGUACAUUGUCUCCAGUGCCAAAAAAGAGUACUUUAAUGAUUUAAAUAACUUAGCAAUAGCAAAAAAUUAAAAAGAAACAUAAUCAGAUAUUUUUAGUAUUUUGAAUAAAUGUAGUAUAAUAAUAAUGUUUUUGUUAUUGGUAGUUGUAGUGAGUAAUUUAAAAAAAAUCGAUACUGUAAUUUGUCGUUGUACUUAACAUAGGUUGAAGCAAAAGUCCCGUUAAAUGAAAGAUGUAUAUGUAAGAAGAUUUAUUAAAAAAAUGUUACUUAAUUUAUUGAUAAUAAAAUACAAUAUUUUGUCAAACUUUUAAAA